GACAGAAGAUCAACACAACAAACUAAUCUCGACAAAUCUCCCUACAAAGACUUUCUAAUUCUCGCGACCCGAAGACCCUGCUGCCGAGCAGAUUGUGCCCCAUCCUCAUCUUUCCAAGACUAAGCUUCACGCUUGUGGCUUUUUAUCCCCUUGCUUGCAUAAUUAUGGCACACACCAUGAAUAAAUUCUGCAAGGAUCCCGCGUAGGUUUUUUUUUUUGCUUUUGCUGACCAUAGUUAUCCCAGUGCUCUUGAUGUCGUCUUCAGUUCAAGCAAUUGUGAAGGAGGUGCUGUGCUCGUGCUACGUGAGCUCAGCCUUGUCUCAACCAGCGAGUCUGGAAGUCCAGAACCGCUGCCGGCAGGACUUGGGGAGAUGCCACUCUAUCUUGAAGAUGAUGAUUUUCACUCUGUCAACGGUCCACUAGACCUCACUACCCUUCCUCCCUACGCUGCAGUCGCCCCGGUUACCCAUUGUAACCACUCUACGUUUUACCCCGGUAUUAGUACUACUAGAGGGUUUGUAACUUCUCCCUCAAGCAUACACCCUCCUAUGGCCCCUUAUCAUACGUUCCUCUCUGAUAAUUCUAUAGUGUCCAACAAACCCGCUCGGAAAAGAGGGGCUAUCUCUGCAGCGAACCUGGCUGCAGUUGGCGAUCCUCAUUUCCGACCAAGCAGGCGUUAGACCGCCAUCGCGAGGUGAAGCAUCUCGGUUUACGCGUCGACUGUCCGAUCCCGGGGUGCGAGAAGGUUGGCGAUAAGGGGAUCAAAAGAAAGGAUAACCUUCCCGCUCACGUAUUAAAAAAACAUGGGAUCAAUUUAACUCGUCGAUCCCGCGCUAACCGGCAGAGGGUCUUGAUGCUCACAAGAUAUCAUUGGUGUUGAGUAGUUUCCGGCCUUGACACAAUUGAAAUUCGGUGGGCGGUUGGAACGAAUGUUCUUGGGGAGUCCGACUUUGAUGUUGGUGUACGUUUCCUAGUUACUUGUUUUUUUAUCCAUUUUUUCCUCCCUCUUUUCUUAUCGGCUUGCUUUAGUAUUCUAUUGAAUGAUACAAGUAUUUUAUUUCAAUUCCACGGAUCCACGGAGGG